CUGAAAACGUCAUGAGCAAGAUGGCGGCGUCCAUAAAGGAGACCACGUUUGCUGCUCCAGCUGGCUACAUAGCCAUUCCAGUAAAAUUUUCAGAGGAGAGACGUGCAUAUCAUUGCUUGUAUGCUAAGGAGCAUAAAGUGAGAGACCAAUUGGACAAAACUCACCCUUUGAACCGGACCCUGUUUGUUAUUAAUGUCCCACCAUAUUGCACAGAGAAAUGUUUAGCACAGAUCUUCAGUUCCUGUGGUGCUGUGAAUUCUGUAGAACUUCAGGAAAACCCAGGACCUUCCGAGAAGAAACAUACGCAGUCUAGAUAUUUUGAUCGUAAAAUUCCAAAGGGCUUUAAAGUUGCUUAUGUUGUGUAUAAAAAUCAGAUUGGACUUCGAGAGUUGAAAUUGCUGAACUUUAAAAAGCCAUACGUACUGUCAGGAAACCUUCGCACUGUAAAAACUGGAAUACAUAAGUGGAUAGAGGAUUAUGAAGCAUCACUUACUGAUAUUACUGAUCUGCAAACUGAAAUAGAUGACUUUAUGAAGGAAUAUGAUAAGAGGAUGGAAGAGGAAGAAAAAAAAGCAGAGGAAGAAGAGGGUGUUCCAGAUGAGGAUGGAUGGGUGAAAGUGACAAGAAAAGGCCGUCGCCCUGGGUUGGCACGGACAGAGGCAGUAAAUCUUCGGGUAAUGGAGAUGGAGAAGAAAAAACGGGCGCAGAAAGAGCUGUUGAACUUCUAUUCUUGGCAACACCGUGACGGCAAAAGAGAGCACCUUGCUGAGCUCCGUAAGAAAUUUGAGGAGGAUAAACAGAAGAUUGCACUGAUGCGUGCACAGAGAAAAUUUCGACCUUACUGACCUUACAACCAGUUGAUGACAUUCCUACAGUUUACGUUAAAGUAGCAUGUUGCAGUCCUACUUCACCUGUACAUAAAAUAUAGCCAUUAUCUCUAUCUGGUGACUUGUAUCCGUUUAUACCCAACUGAAAUGGUGAAGACUGUUUACCACUGGCAUCUUUCAAAUAAUUGGUAAUAAAUGCAUUAUUUUUUUUAUUUACAA